AUGUCUACAGAGAAAAAAUCCUCAUCAUGGGAAGAUCUUAUUAAAAAAAAUUGUAGUUUAAAAUCAUGCACUUGUAAAAUUUAUAAUCGUCAGGUAUCGCCGUCUUCCAAUGACAAUGAUAAAUCAUGUUGUUGUGGUCGUUUAAUUCGUUGUCAUAGUUUUAAUGGUAUUAGCCUACUACCUAAAAUUAAAAACAAUGGUGAAACUGAAUGGAAUCCACCAGAUCAUUUUGGUAUACGUGUUCAUUCAACUAAAGUUCCUAUAAAUGUAUUUGGAAGAAUAAAAUCUACUGAUUGUAAAUUUGUUCGAGUAGAUAUUCGAUCAAAAUUAAACGAUAUCUAUAAUUUACUUGUUGAUGAUUGUGGAGGUGUUGAACAUAAGCCAAGUUUAAUAUUAAGUGUUUAUGGUGGUGCAAAAUAUUUUCUUGUACCCGAAAAACUUGAAAAAGAAAUAAUACGAGGAAUUGUUGAUGCUGCUAGUGGAACUGAUACUUGGAUUUUAACUGCUGGAAUUAAUAAUGGUGUAUCAAAAUUAGUUGGGGAAGGUAUUUCACAUUAUCGUCUUUUAAGAGAAUAUCCAAAUAAAGUUAAAUGUAUUGGAAUGACAAUGUGGGGUACAGUUAAUGAAAGUACACGUUUUGAACUAAAACAUACAACAGAUACCUAUCGAAGAGAAUUUCUUCAUCGACAGAUAUCUGAUAAUACUCAAGAAGAUAAAGAAACAAUAGAAAAAAAUCAUACACAUUGUAUUUUAUUUGAUGAUGGUCAAUUAUCUGGAUAUCUCGGUGAUACACAACGUCAUCAACUAGUUACACAUGCAUGUCAACAAGCAAAUCAUACAUGUUAUGCUGUAACAAUUAUUGUAGAAGGAGGCAUAAAUACUCUUGAAGUUAUCAAAAAUGAUAUUAAAGCACAGCGACCUGUUGUACUUAUUAAAGGUAGUGGACGUUUAGCUGAUACACUUGCUACAUUAAUUGAACAAAGUUCAACUAUUGAAAAAAUUGAUCAAAAUUAUCCAACUGAUGAAGAUAUUAAAAAAGUUGUAGAAUAUUUUAUUCCUACCCCGGAUAAUUUUGAUUUUCGUUCAACAAUCGAUCAGAUAAAAAACAUUUUAAUAAAAACUAAUCGAUAUUUCUUAAAUGUUUUUUCUUUAAAUAAUGAUAAUAAUAUGGCUCAGACAAUAUUCAAUGCUAUUUUUGUAAAAAAUAAGAAAAACGUUAUCGGUAAUAAUGAUAACAAUAGAAAAAAUGAAGGAAAUAAUCAAGAACAGCAGGGUCAAAAUGAUGAAAAUAAAUUAAUAGAUUUAGCUCUUGAAUGGAAUUAUUUUGAAGGUGUACUACCAAUUUUACAAACACGACAAGAUGCUAAACUUCGACUAACUGAUCCAGACUCAAUUAAAAAAUAUAUCGACGAUGAAAAAAAAUUAUUUAAAAAAUCACUUGAAAAAAAUCGUCCUAAAUUUGUUGAAUAUUUAUUAGCUGCUAAUUCUGAUCCACUUAUUCUUAUUGAAACUGGAGAUACAUCAACACGUCAUAAAACUAUUUCAAAUCUAUAUGAAGGUUGUCAUGCUCAAAUGAAUAAAAAUCGUUCAAAAGAUAUAACAACAUUAUUUGGUGAAAUUUCAUCGAAAACAACAGAAGAACUUGAUUCAAAAUUAAAAAGAUUUGUUGGUUCAUUUAUUGGACCAAUUUAUUCAUGCGAACGUGAUAGUAUUAAAAUAUGUAUUCGUAUUGAUUUAAAAGCUUUUAUAUGUACUUGCUGUGAAUUGAAACAAGUCGAUGAUAAUCAAACUACUCACGAUCUUAAUCCUAAACAUCCAUAUACAAAAGAUCAUUUAUUACGUGAUCUUUUCUUAAUGUCGAUUUUUUUGGAUAUGCCCGAAAUGGCUAAAAUAAUUCUUAUUCAUAUACCAUUUCGAAUAUGUGCGGCGCUUGUAGCUUCUGCUAUAUUUAAAAGAUAUGCUAAAUCAUCAACAACAAUUUAUCUUAAAAAUAAAUUUCAAAAUCAAGCACUCGAAUUUGAAACAUAUGCAGGAAUGUUUAUUGAUAAAUGUUAUGAAUUUAAUGAAAGAAUAGCUUGCGAAUUACUUUUACGACAAAUACCACUUUUUGGUAAUAUUACACCUAUGCAAGUAGCUAUAUCAAGUGAAAGUGGAAAAUUACUUGAGACAGCUUGUUUUGAUCAGACAUUAGCUCAAGUAUGGUAUAAUAAAUUAUCGAUUAAAAAUCAACAAAUGUCAGCAAAACUCCUACAAAUACCUACAAUAUUAACUUUAGGUCUCUCAGCUCCGCUAGCAAUAACCUAUCGAGAUGUAGAAAUUGAAGUCGCCGAUAGAACAUUAUCAUCAGAUGGUAUAAAUUAUUACAUGAAUAAAAAAAUCUCGACAACACAUCCAUGUACAAAAUAUUGGUUAUUAUUUAAAUAUUUUCAUCAAAGUCCAAUGGUAAAAAUGUGUUAUCAUUUUAUAAGUUACAUUUUCUUUUUACUCGUAUUUAGUUAUAUGAUGCUCUAUCAUCUUGAUUCGGGAGAUCCAGAUAUUAAACCUCAUUGGACUGAAAUUUAUGUUAUUAUUACAAUUUCAACAAUGUUUUGUGAAGAAGUUCGAAAAAUAUAUCAUGAAUAUAAAACACGAAUGACUGAACGAUGGGGUUCAACUGGAUCAUUUCUUCUAACAGUGCUAACCAAUGCAUUUUAUAUAAUACCUUAUUUUCUUUUCUAUUUGGGUCUUGGAUUUCGUUAUCGAGCUUAUAAUGAAAAUAUUAUAUCGACAGCAAGAAUUAUUUGGGCAUUUGAUCUUGAAUUAUGGUAUCUUCGAUCACUUCGAUUUAUUGUGGUUUUAAAAUUCAUAGGUCCAAAAUUGUUUAUGCUUAAAAAUAUGCUUCGAGAUCUAUUUGCUUUUGUCUAUAUAAUCUUUAUAGCAAUAGCUGCAUAUGGUGUGGUAUCUCGAUCAUUAAUUUUUUAUAAACAAAUUCCAUUUACUAUUAAUGAUUUAUUUAAAGGUAUUUUAUAUGAACCAUAUUGGUUUAUAUAUGGUGAUGUUAGUGAUAAAGAUUUACUCGAUGAAAUAAUUAGUAAUGAAACUCAAUCAUAUGUCGCUGAAGCAACAGCUACUCAUGUUUUAUUAGCUUUUCAUAUGUUAUUUAUUAAUAUUCUUAUACUUAAUUUAUUAAUUGCUGUUUUUACUCGUACAAUUGAUGAUAUUCAAGAAAAUACGGAAUUUUAUUGGCAUUAUCAACGUUAUACAUUUGUUCGUGAAUAUUUUGAACGUCCACCACUAGCAUAUCCGCCAUUAAUUAUUUUUACACAUAUUUUUUUUCUUUUUCUUGCUUUAAAACGUAAAUUGUGUCUAAAAUUUUGCAAGAGUCAAGUAACACAUGAAAAUGAUAAAUCACAACCCAAAACAAUAACACGUAUUUUUAAAAUGAUUCCAGUAGGAUCUCAAGUUAAUGAACGAUGGGAUAUAUUUGAAAAUGCAGCAACACAAAGUUAUGCUCGUACAAUUUUUGAAAAGAAUAAAAAGAAAAAUGAUUUAUCAAUUGAUGAAAAUAUUUCAAAAAAUAAACUUCUUACUAUUGAUAAUAAUGAAACACAAUUGGAUAAUAAUGAACAACAAAUAAUAGAAAAUUUAAAAGAAGAAAUAAUGACAUUAAAAUCAGUUGUAACUAAUAAUCAAAAACAUUUAGAAGAAAAUAAUGUACGAAUGGAAAAACAUGCACAUGAGGUUAAUAAAUCACUUGAUUGGAUAAUGCGAGCGAUUGCAAGAGUUAAAAUGAAUGAUCCAGAGAAACCACCGUUGGAUUUAGAAUCGACAGUUUUAUAA